AUGGGCGAUAAACAUGCCGUUGCUACCCGAAGCCUACAGAAACUCUAUCAAAACGUACAGAGCCAAUUGUGGCCUCUCACUUUGUCCUGGGAAUUUAGCACCUGUAUACAAAAUCACACGGCAUUAACAAGUGGGAAUAAUUGGAUUAAAGCGAGAAUGGAUCUCCUUAAUUAUAAAUACUCUGUUAUAAUAGAAGAACCAGCGACUUCUGGCGAUAGCGGGGAUGAGAGCGGUAGCGAACCUGACUUUAUGUACAAUCCCCAACAGAACCACAAGGAUUUUAAUUGCGAUAACGAAUCAGUUUCAAAUAAAAGGGAAUCCGAAAACCAGCCGUCUACAUCAUCAGCAAACCAGGAGGAAAGCAAGUCAAGUCAACCGUCACUACCCAGACUACUCCCAAAGAUAGAUCUACCAGGUGGUGCCAUGUUGUACCCCUCAGGGGUCCUAGCUGGCCUGGAAGGUUUGGGGACCAACUUGGGACUUGGAAAUUUGGCUAUGGGAUAUCCGCCUAGCUUUAUUUUAGGUUUAGCUAAUCAAGGGCAAGAAAAUGCAUCAUCAUCCAACCAGCCACAGUUCAUCACGAUACCACUUUCGAUGGCAGUAGCAGCUGGUGCAGGCGCUCCGAACGGCGCCGGCGCAUCUAGCGACGACAGCAGUGAACUACAGGAUCUUAGUACGGGCAUACGGAAAUGA